GGUAACCUACCUGUGCCUUGGAAACUAAUGCUGACCUCCAAACCCUUAGUCGCAGCAGUAUUCUGUCAGUUCACCUACAAUCUGCAAGCAUCGUUGCUCCAAGCUUUUCUGCCCACCUUUUUCAAAGAAGAGUUGAUGUUACCACUUAGCGCAAAUGGUUUCUUCACAAUGAUACCCUUCAUAGCGCAAUUGGUAUCAAAAAAUGUACUGGCAGUUCUUGCAGAUUAUCUCAAGAGAAGCAAUAUGAUUGGACAUACAAAGUGUGCCAAAGUCUUUCAGUCCAUUGGUUCAUUCGGUUCGGCAGCGACCCUGAUUGCUCUUGCAACGUUACCUAGCUGUGAACAUCCCUAUAUAGCGCUGCCACUACUAGGACUGUACGGUACAGUCUUCUCUGCGGGUAUAUGCGGGUUUUUCACUUGCAUUUUAUGCAUUGCGCCAAAAUACUCGGGAUCGAUUACAUCGGUCUCGAUGAUAUUUGGAAUGCUGGGGAAUAUAUGUGGCCCUAUGCUCCUUGGUUUCACAUCGAAAAUGGGUUUCCACGACAAGUGGCUAGCCUCGUUCAUGAUUUGCAGUGGAUUCAACAUCAUCGCUGGAAUUGUUUUUCUCUUGUAUGGGUCAGCAAAAGUGCAAGAAUGGGCAUUAGUGGGAACUGCUUCGACUCCAGCUUAA